GCCCCACCGUCCGGGGGGCGGUCCUCGGAGGCAGCGGGUAGGCAGGAGUGAAGGCAGUGUGGGUCCCGGGGGCAUUUCUUACAUACACAGCCAUGCAGAAGAGCCACAAGGAGCGUCUCUACAAAGUGCUGGUAAUCGGGGACCUGGGUGUGGGUAAGACGAGUAUCAUCAAGCGCUACGUUCAGCAGAGUUUCUCCGGCAACUACCGCGCCACCAUUGGGGUGGACUUCGCGCUGAAGGUGCUCAGCUGGGGAGGGGAGACCGUCCGCCUGCAGCUAUGGGACAUCGCCGGUCAGGAGCGUUUUGGGAACAUGACCCGGGUUUACUACAGAGAGGCCGUGGGUGCAUUUAUCGUCUUUGACGUGACCCGGCGUGCCACAUUUGAGGCGGUCACCAAGUGGAAGGAGGACCUGGACUCCAAGCUCACCCUGUCAAACGGCAGGAGAGUCAGCACCGUCCUCCUGGCCAACAAGUGUGACCACGGGUGUGAACUGCAGAGUCAUGACGCAGCCAGGAUGGAGCAGUUCUGCAGGGACAGUGGCUUCGUGGGCUGGUUCAGAACAUCAGCAAAGGACAACAUCAACAUAAAUGAGGCGGCAAACUGCCUGGUGAAGCACAUCAUUGCCAGUGAGAAGGACGUGGUGAAGUCGGUCGUGCCUGACAUCAUCUCACCAAAGCUCAGUGCAGUCAAGGACAGCGCCUGCUCUGGCUGUUUUAAGGGGUGAGGGCCAGCGGGGGGGGUGUGGUCACAUACAGAAGGGAGGCUACUUGUGGGGUGUGGCUACUCAGGGGGCAUGAACAUGCUGGGUGAAGGGCACGAUUAUUAAAUGCUGUGGCUAAAAUGCAGAAUGGCACCUUAUUUCCUCUGGGCCUCAGGGUUCCUCUACUCCAGAGGUGGGGAAUCUGAUUCAUGGAGAGCCGGUGGGGGUUUUUGGGAUGAUCUCUCAAUCGGUUGAUUAUAAAGCAGUGGUUCUCAGCUCCAGUCCGGAGGACUCGCUGUUAUUUGCACGCACACUGGCUCUCCAUGAAUUAGGUUCCCCAUCCUGCUCUACACACUCCAUGGAUCAAACAAAAGACUCCUGGUAAAUGCUCUUUUUUCCAUCAUCUGAAACAGCCAGAGCAGCAUUUGAAACAAUGAGAAAAUAAUGAACAUUUUUUGAAACCUUCCAUAAAUUUGACAGUGGGCCCACUUCUACCACGGGGGACAGGUUUAACGAGGGGGUGGUCAGCACGGUAAAAUGGAGCAACGCAGAAAGAAGUGCUGUAAUGCACCUGUACUCAUACCUGUACAAAUGGCAAAUAAAGCAUCAUUUCAUCUCCGUCACCAUGACCUUGAAUAAAUGGCUAAUUAAACCUA